UAUACACACGCACACAUACAAAUAAAUAACUAUAUACAUUCAUACGUACUAACGUAUACACACACACACACACACACACACAUGCAUAUAUACAUUCAUACAUACAUACUUACAAACGUAUAUACAUACACACUUGCAAACAGACAGUCAGACAUACAGGAAUAUUGACAGACUGGUUUUCAGACGUUGUCUUCCAAAUCACAUUUGCAAGAACAUUCUUUCUGAGUUGGAAAAUCCCCUUGCUUCUCUAUUGCACAUAUUCCGAAAGAAAAAAAAAAUUUUUAAUGACCCAAAGAAAGCCAAAUGUACAUAAAUACAUACGCACGCACACAAAUACGCCUUGACUGAUGGCAUAAAAGACGCACGGGCGUAUUAGAAGCACCCUAAUUUCAGCAGUGCUUAUUUGCAAUAAUGAAGCUUUCGCUGCAGUAAGACAUAUAAUAUAGACCUAACUUUGCAUAAAGGACUCGGGGUGAAAUUUUUUUGAGCCAUUAUUUUGAAGAAGUGCGUCUUAUACGCCAUCAAAUGCAAUAUAUCUGUAUAUAUAUGGCUUAACUGGUUGAAACUUGCAAGAAUAUUAUUUAAGAAUAAUGAAUUUGUAGUCUACAAAAGUAUAGAGAAACCCGUCAAAUUAAUGUAAGAUUGAUUUUAUUUUGACUGAACAUAAAAACAAACAUUAAAAUAUAUGUAUGUAUGUAUGCAUGUAUAUAUGUAUGUACGCAUGUAUGUAUGUAUGGUUAUAGACAGUUUGAAAAAUUGACAUUUGCAGGCAAAAAGAGACUAUAGUAUCAUCUAAAAGCACACACACACACAAACACACAUGUAACUAUCUGCAUUUACACUAUACGUAUGUCGUAGUUUGUAUGCGCAAUUCUCAAGUUCCUUAAUACAUGCUCCAAGAGAGAAAUAUACAGGGAUUGUUAUAUGCUUACACACACACGCGCGCAUUCAUACAUGAAUGUGUAUAUAUAUAUAAAUAGUUAUAUUGAAACGCAUAAGUAUAUACACGUUAUGUAACGCGCUAUGAAUAUUCAGUAUGUGGUACCAAGAUGGCGUUGUUAUUAAAUGAUAACGACUUGUGUCAUAAUUAACAUUGCAAAGCACCGUUACACAGACAGCAAAGCGCGCGCACACACACACACACACACACACUCUCGCACGCACACACACACACACACACUCGCACGCACACACACUUCCCACAUCACACACACACACGCACACAGAGACACAUACAUAUAUAUAUAUAUAGACAUAUAUCGAAAUACGAACAGACAAUCGCACACAUAAUACAUACAUACAUACACACACACACACAUACAUACAUACAUACAUACAUACAUACAUCUAAAUACUAACACACAAAAGACCUCUGGGUUUCUCACUGUAAUCACUGCCGGAUUAUGGGGUCUAAUUUAACCCUUGACCUACGACCACCUUAUGAUCCUACGACCUUCAUAGGUAAAUCGAAUAUUAUGACACUCGACGGAUGUUUAUGUAAGAAGAUGGGAUCCAGGGGUGAUAUUCACGAAAUUGCCACAGCUGUAAUGGCGCAAAUGAGACACGAUGAAUCGAAAUUAAUUCGACAGCUGAGACAAUUGAUCAAACACGAUUGCAGUUUGGCUUGUCUCGUCUUCUCCACCGACAUCGAAGGAUGGACACCAAUCCACGCAUGCGCACUACGUGGCUCGCGUCGUCUGCUCAAGCUCAUGCUUCGAGCUAAAGUUGACAUUAACAUCAGAAUGGGUCACCCGUCAGGGCUACCUGCACAUUGUUCCCUUUUACACAUAGCCGCACAUCGUGGUGACCAAAAAAUUACUGAACUUCUCGUCUCACGAGGUAUUUCAUUAAAUGCCAAAGAUUCUACCGGUAGAACUGCCAUCAGAUACGCUUCUGAAGCUUGUCACACGCACAUAGUGCGAUAUUUAACGAGGAAAGGAGCUGAUACGACAAAUGUUGUUAUUAAAGACGUUUUUAAAGUGGACUGCAUGACACCACAACCUAAAUUGACAAAAUUCUGCUUUCUGCCAGUAAAAUGCACAACAUGAUUACCACCGAAGCAUCAACAAAACGGACAUGUGUAAGUGUGUGUUGUGAGAGAGAAAGAGAAAGUGAGAGGUAUGAAACGGAUUAUUUUCAAGAAUAGAGCUAUUUUCCAGAAUAGAGAUAUAUAGAAGAGCUAUUUUCGCACUUCUGUAUUUCUGUCCAAAAUCUCAAUAAGGAAUGUUUUCUCAUUUAGGCACAAGACCAGCAAUUUUGAGGGGGGAGGUAAGUCUGUGCCGUCGAUACCAGUACUUGAUUGGUACUUUAUUUUAUCGACCUCGAAAGGAGGGAAGGCCAAAUUGCUUCCGAUAGGAUUUGAACUCAGAAAGACAGCAAGAUAUUUUUUUCAAACGCUUUAACGAUUCUGGCAAAACACCGCCUUCAAAAAAAAAAAAAAAUAAAGAGUAAAAGACGAAGAAAUACAACAAAAUUUUUAGAAAGUAACUUGGCUUUGAUGGAGGGACCUAAGAAUAAGUAUCGUUAGGUACACUCCUUCCAUUAUAGUUUGACAAGUUCGUUGUUUUAUAACGAACAAAGAACUAAAAUAAAAGUAAAGAGAAAUGAAAAAAUAAUACAAAAAUAGAAAGACAGAUAGGGAAAAGAAGUAAGUAGCGAAUUUGAUGGCAUAAAAGACUCACAGGCAUAUUAGAUGCACCUAAUUUCAGCAACAAAUAUUCAGGGGGAAAUGGUUUUAGUGUAUAAAAGCAUGUAAUAUUUAAAGCAAUCAAGCAGUACAUUACAAAACAUUACAAAAGUAACUUAACUAUGGCAGGAAACAUUACUGUGUAUACAAAGGAAGUUUGCAUUUAUAGCUGAAUAUAAAACACAAAAUCACGAUAGUGAAAAUAUCCAAUAUGAUUACUGUAAUAACACAGGCAAGAAAAAAACAUAAAGCAGAAAACAUUUGAUAAAAAAGUAAGUAUCCAUUGCAGCUGAACGUAAACUAAAACAAGGCAACAAAAUCUUUAAUCGUCUUCAAAACCAGAUAAAUUUUUAUCAUCAAAUCCUAUAAAUUCGUUAAUUUCGCAUAUCGGAUCCGGGGUGGGGGUGGGGGGUUUCUUCGAAAAAGAGUGCGUCUUUUAUGCCGAUAAAUAGGGUAAUCGCUAAAAUUCCAGAAGAGGAGGUGGGAUUAAAAUACUGUAAAUAUAUAUCUUUCUCUUGAAAAACAAGCACAUAACGAGAAUUGAUGCAAAUUACGAUCUUUAAUGUCAGACGUCAGUCGAAAAUGGUUCUGUUCUUCAAACUAACCCGUUUGAAGUAUAUUUGGCUUUAUAUUCCGGUGUAUGUAUGAUAUAAACUAUGGAUAUCUGUAUAUCUAUGUGCAUAUCAAGAACUGUUCACAACACAAAACGUGUUGAAACUCUCAAAACCAGAUUUAAGCUGGUUGACAUCCGUCCCUAGAAAAUGGAAGAUUUUCGCCAUUUUCUUUGCACAUGUUUGUUUGUUUUUCUUUUUGUUUCAAUUAUUUAUAAUUGAUUGUUUUCAUUUUUUUUCCUCAUCGUUUUUUUUUUUUUUAAAUUAUUUUUGCAUAUCAUAAAUGAUAUCUUUUAUUAUUUUAUUGAUCUGCUGAUCUGCACUUAAACAAACCUUUAAAACAAAAUCUAAACGAUAAGACUAAUGCAAAACCUUUUAAACACACACACGCACGAGGCUAUGUUAGAAGCCACCUGCCCAAAGUUCUUCGCUGUGUGAUCGAACAGGGUAUCAGGUUGCUGUGAAGCAAUAUUGUUCAGCCAGACAAUUAUGCCUACAUAUCUACGUUUCCUCCUCCGUCUGCCUCGACUAAUGCCAACAAAUGCAGUUAUUGAACAAACAUCAAAACCAGAGUUUCUUAAGGAGUGGGCCUGGGGUUACAUCAAAACGGCGCCUAGAUAAGUAACAAAGGAAUAUAAUGCAAUAUAAUAUAAUAUUAUAUUAUAUAUAUAUGGUAUAUACUUUGUCCCUUCAUGCUGGGGUGUACGUUUUUUUUUUUUUUUCCUUUUUUCUCUCACUAUUUUUUCUUCGUUAAAAAAAAUAAGAAACAAACAAUACUUAAGAAACAGUGAACCUUAGCCCAACGACUGAUCGGGUUGCAAACCUCGAGUAGACAGGUAUUUAUUUGGUAUUAAGGUGGCAGAUGUCGAAUAGAGAGGAAGGUAUACCGAUUUCAAUUAUACAAGCAUUGAAACUAAAUCCUUAAAUUUUUUCACACGUGUGUGUCACAAACUGAUUUGAUAUGAGAUCUCGUGUGAGGUAGCCUUAGAAACAAUGGCCACAGGAACACGAACACGAACACUAACAUAUAUAUACGUAACCAAUGAAUAUAUAAAGUAUAUGUCGGACAAACGCAUAAACCAAAUGAAAAGUGAUAUUUAUAUUGACACUAAGCACAUCUUCCCAAAGCAUCAUUCUUUUUUUUUUACAAAAUACUAAUAUAAUAAUUGUUAUAAGCAUAUUUAUUUUAAAUAGUUAUCCGUACCAACAACAUUCUUCUUAUUCUUCUUCUUAUUAUUAUUAUUAUUAUUCCUCCCUUCUGAAGGAGAAAAAGACUUUAAAAAGUUUGUGAAUAUUAAACUUUAUCAUUAACACAACAAAUCCAGAACUCGCUCGAAAUAAAAUGGACAAAGUUUAUAUUUUUUGUA